UCAAAGUCGUAUUCUCAUUGUCCUUUCUUUGUAAAUACAUUAUGAAUCAUCCAUAUAAUCAAAUCAUAUUGUUUGGGGAUUCCAUCACUCAGGUACCUUCCCCCAUUAGAAGGAGUUCUCAUUAGAAGGUCCUUCUGCCACAUGCUGUGCGUGCUGAACCUUUUCAAUAGAUGAGUUUUGAUCCUAACUUGCACGGUUUCGGUGCGGCGCUCGCCAGCGCCUACCAACGAAAAGUAGACGUGCUGAACCGUGGCUUUUCUGGAUAUAACACGGACUGGGCUAUGCCCGUACUGCGUCAACUCUUGCCCACGGUGGAAGACCAAAAGAAACUGGCCACCAGCGCGUACCUCAUGACCAUCUUCUUUGGUGCCAACGAUGCCUCGUUACCGUUCUCUUUCCAACAUGUACCUCUCGAGCGUUUCCAAGCCAACUUGGAAAAAAUGAUUUCGCUCAUCAAAGAUCCUGCCUCGCCCUAUUAUAAUCCCGGCUUGCGUAUCCUCCUGGUCACACCUCCCCCAUUGAAUGAAUCUCAGUGGGAAAAGUGUUGCAUCGAGAAAGGAGAACCAAUGAAUCGUAGCGCAGAGGUCACCCGUACGUACGCAGAUAUGGUUCGCCACGUAGGCCAACAAGCCAAUGUGGCUGUAGCCGAUAUAUGGACACGGUUGACCGAUCGUGCAAGGGAGGAACAGCAAGACCUAUCCCAUUAUUCUUUCGACGGCCUUCAUCUUAAUCCUAAUGGCAACAAGGUAAUAAAAAGAUCGUAUCGGAAGAAAACGUAAGAAACAUCCAUGGCCCGUACUUACCGUCUGUUCAGGUGGCGGCAGAACUGUUUCUCGAGGUGAUUCAACGUCAAUUUCCAGAGAUUUAUCCCGAUGCCUUGGAGAUGGAACUUCCAUCUUUCCGAGAUCUGCCAGCUACCAAUUACGAAAAGGCUUUGUUAUUUCCGUUGCUGCAAAAGAAAAAUGACUUAUAAUGUGGACCGGACGUGAUUGUUUGUCAACGGUUGCCAUUUUGCGACUUUCCAACUCUAAAACGCUAGAUAUCGUGAGUUGGACCAGUUUAACUUUAAAUAAAUGCCCUCCAAGCAAACAAAACAAGGUCAUUUUUCAUAUGGCAUUGCUACUGCAUUG